AUUGCAUUCAGUGAAGAUGGAGAAUAUUUUGCCUAUGGGUUGAGUGCUAGUGGCUCAGAUUGGGUGACUAUCAAAUUUAUGAAGGUGUCCACCAUGGAAGAACUUCCUGAUGUUUUGAAGAGGGUGAAAUUCAGUUGCAUGUCCUGGACACAUGAUGGAGUCGGAAUUUUUUAUAACUGCUAUCCCACACAAUAAGGAAAAAGUGAUGGAACGGAAACAUCAACCAACCUGAACCAGAAGCUUUAUUAUCAUGUCUUGGGAACAGACCAAUCAAAGGAUGUGUUAUGUGCUGAAUUUACUGAAGAGCCUAAAUGGAUGGGAGGUGCUGAGGUUUCUGAUGAUGGGAAGUACGUCUUACUGUCCAUCCGUGAAGGAUGUGAGCCUGUUAACAGAUUGUGGUACUGGGAUCUGCAAAAAACAAAUGGUAUUACCAGAAAUCUUCCCUGGAUCAAAUUAAUAGAUGAUUUUGAAGCUGAAUAUGACUAUAUCACUAACAAAGGAACAAUUUUCACCUUUAAGACAGAUCGUAAUGCUCCUAACUACAAGCUAAUUAACACAGACUUCAAUAACCCUGAAGAAUCCAGCUGGAAAGAGCUCAUUCCUGAACACAUUAAGGAUGUUUUGGAAUGGGUCUCUUGUGUCUACUCUAAGUUCCUGGUCUUGUGCUACCUCCAUGAUGUAAAGAAUGUUUUGCAGCUACAUGACCUGGCCUCUGGCACGCAUGUUAAGACUUUCCCCUUGGAUGUUGGGAGCAUAGUGGGAUACAGCAGUCGGAAGAAGGAUUCUGAAAUAUUUUAUCAAUUCACUUCCUUUUUAUCUCCAGGCAUUAUUUAUCACUGUGACCUGACCAAAGACGUGUUGGAGCCAAGUGUUUUCCGAGAGAUUACCGUGAAAGGCUUUAAUCUUUCAGACUACCAAACAGUGCAGGUUUUCUACUCCGGCAAAGAUGGCACCAAGAUACCAUUGUUCAUUGUCCACAAAAAGGGUAUUAAACUGGAUGGCUCUGACCCAGCUUUUUUGUAUGGCUAUGGGGGUUUCAAUAUAUCUAUUACUCCAAGUUACAGUGUGUCAAGACUUAUCUUUGUGAGGCAUCUAGGUGGCAUUCUUGCUGUUGCCAACAUCAGAGGUGGUGGAGAAUAUGGGGAAACAUGGCACAAAGCUGGCAGCCUAGGAAACAAGCAAAACUGUUUUGAUGAUUUUCAAUCAGCUGCUGAAUAUUUAAUCAAGGAAGGUUACUCAAGUGCUCUGAGAAUAACUAUUAAUGGUGGCUCAAAUGGUGGCCUGUUAGUAGCUGCUUGUGCCAACCAGCGCCCUGAUCUAUUUGGAUGCGCCAUUGCUCAAGUUGGUGUUAUGGACAUGCUUAAAUUCCACAAAUUCACUAUUGGGCAUGCAUGGACAACUGAUUUUGGCUGCCCUGACAACAAAGAACAAUUUGAAUGGUUGUGCAAAUAUUCCAUACUUCAUAAUAUCAAAGUGCCAAAUGAUGAUGGAAUCCAUUAUCCAUCUACAUUGCUCCUCACAGCAGAUCAUGAUGACAGAGUAGUACUGUUGCAUUCUCUCAAGUUUAUAGCCACUCUACAGCAUGUUGUGGGUCAGAUUCCAAAGCAAAGAAACCCACUUCUCAUUCACGUGGAUACCAAGGCUGGCCAUGGGGCAGGGAAACCAACUGCAAAAGUUAUUGAAGAAGUCUCGGAUAUGUUUAAUUUUAUUGCAAAGUGUCUAAAUCUUGAUUGGAUUCCAUAAGUAAAUAUAGUACCAAUAAUAAUACUAAUAAUGCAAGGGCUUUUUGUUUACUUUCCGAAAUCAAUAGAUUCAGAUUAAUAUCAUUUUACAGUACUUAUUAUAAAAAGUUUUUUCUUCAUCUCAAACAAUAAUAUUGUAAAAAAAAAAAAAACUUCUUGGACCAUUAAAUCAUAUAUUACAUUGUAUUUGAUAUUUAUGACUUGUUCAAUAAAACAGAUACUUUCA